AUGCACUUCUCAAAGAUCAUCCCCGUCACUUUAUUCGCUGUCUUGGCAGUCGCCGCCCCAGCGCCAGCUCCACAGAUGUCUGUCAACCUUGAACAAGUCCGACAAUUGUCCCAAAACAUUCAAUCAUGGGCCUCCAGCACGGAUAGUGGGUUUGCCAGUCUUAAUGACCAGCUUAAGGCUCUUGAUUUCAGCGGGCAGACAGCCCAGCAAAGCCUGGCCGGGGCUAUGGCUCAGUUACAGGAGUCUGUAGCUAAGGUCACCGACGUUGCAUCCCAAAUCGCCAGCGCCCUCGAUGGAUCGACAGAGUCAUACCAGGAGGCAGAGCAAUCGAAUGCGGAUAGGUUUGGCUAG